AGGAUAUUGAAAAAACUUAUUAGUUUUUUAUCAGUUUAAAAAUUUGAAAUUCCCGCCAAAAUAUGAUUUGAAUUCUUUUUUCCACCAAUGAAUGAAACUGCCAAUUCCACGGUGUAGAUUGGUGUAAACACUACAGUGUGACUACAUGGAUUAUUAAUAGUGUUAAUCUAUGGUGUAAUUAAACGAUAGUAUAGUACGUAUAGGAAAAACAUUACACCAUGGACACCUCGGUGGUAAACCCAUGAAUCGUGUGUUGAAAGAGUGGACAAACCAUAGAUUAAUAUACCGAGAGUAUUAUAACCACACUUUUGAGUGCUUCGUGCAUGGCCGAGAAACAUAUAACGGACGUAGGCUCCUGAGCGUAAUACGGUGCAACGACAUGCAUCAUGCCUUAGCGACAGACAUUUGUAAACUGCAAUAAUUGCUUUAGAAUUGGAUAAGAUUUGACGUUUCAGUCGCCGAAAGAAUAUCGCCAUUUUCCAAGAUGGGUGACGAAUACUUCACAAGUUAUAGUGAUCUUGAUGUUCACCGCUUGAUGCUGACAGAUGAACCAAGAAUGAACAGUUACAAAAAUGCAAUAGAUUCAAACAAAGACAUUUUCCAAAAUAAAGUGGUUAUGGAUGUGGGAUCUGGAACAGGGGUACUGGCAAUAAUGUGUGCCCAGGCUGGGGCAAAGAAAGUGUACGCAGUGGAAGCAAGUGAUAUUGCAAAACUGUCAGAAAAGCUUGUGAAAGAAAAUAAUGUUUCUGACAUUGUUCAGGUUUUCAAUACAAGAGUAGAAGAUCUCGAUUUGCCAGACAAUCAAAAGGUUGAUAUUAUUGUGUCCGAGUGGAUGGGAUUUUAUUUACUACACGAGGGAAUGUUGGAUUCCGUUCUUGUUGCGCGUGAUAAAUUUUUGAAAUUAGGAGGAAGAAUGUUUCCAGAGAUUGCAGCCUUGUACGCAAGUCCUUGUAGUCUGCCUGAUCUCUAUAAAUUUUGGACAGAUGUUAGUGGAAUAAAUUUGAGUGUGUUUGGUAACGAACUAAGGAAAUCGAAAAGUAAUCAACCAGAUGUGGCAUUGGUUAAUGCAGAAGAUUUGCUUUCUGAACCCGUUUGUGUGUUUGAAUUGAAUUUACGUACUUUGCAAACGGAGGAAUUAAACAAGUUUUCUUGCAGUCAUGUAGUUUGUGCAAAUAAGGAUGGUCUCUAUCAAGGAUUAUGUAUUUGGUUUACAUGUACCUUCCCUUCACCUAUAAUAACUGAUCAAUUGGUGCUUAGUACAGCUCCUUUUUCCCAGCCCACGCAUUGGAAACAAACAGUUAUUGUUCUGCCUGAUGAAUAUUCAGUGGAGGAAAGGGAACCAUUAGCGUGGGAAAUAAACUUGACUAGAAGUGAUGAAAAUCCACGCCACUACAACAUCCAAUUCACUAUGUUGGAUCCUGAAAAGGUUGCUCAUGCUGUACCUUGUAACUGUUACAUGACUAAAUGUAUUGUAAGUAGAACGUUUUUAGAAUGUGAAGGAGAGCCAGGAGAUAUCAUUGAUAUGACUUGAUUUUUUAGGAUAAAAUUAUUUAAACAUUUAUAUUGAGACAGUUUUAUCAGUGUAUUACAAUUUAUAUUGAAAAUAUUUAUAAAAAUUAAAAUCUACAUGCAUUGUGAAGCUUGUUUUUAUAGUUUUUGGGAUGCCUAAGAAAUCAUACAUGUGCAAAAUUUAAAUAAACAUAUACUUUCUGGAAGUAAUAA